CACACUUUUAUGACAGAUCGAGAGCAUCUAGAUAAGAGAAUCUGAGAUGAAUUUCUUCACUUUAAGUGCCUUUAUGGUAUUUUUUUCCAUAGGUGCUGAAGAAACAUGCACAAAAAUUACUGAAAAUCUGCACUACUCAUGCAUGGGAAGAAACCUCAGCUAUAUACCACUCAGUAUACCUUCCUCGGUUCAAAAGCUGGAUUUCAGUUUUAAUGUCUUGAAAUUCUUACAGAAGACUGUAUUUCCAGUUUUGUCUUUUCUGCAACUCCUUGAUCUGUCAAGAUGCUACAUCAAGGGCAUUGAAAAUGAUGCUUUCUACAAUGUGCAGAAUUUGACUACUUUGAUUCUCACUGGAAAUCCUAUUACACAUAUUGGACCUGGAUGCUUUAAUUUUUUACGCAAUAUACAAAGACUCAUGCUUGUGGAUGUUGGUCUCACUUCCUUACAGCUUCAUAUGAAUAAUCUGACCAAGCUACAGGAACUUAAAGUUGGAACAAAUAACAUUCAAUUCAUGACUCUCCCUUCAUUUAUGAGCACCUUCAAAGACUUCUCUUUACUUGAUCUACAUGCCAACAAUAUAUCCAUCAUAAAAAAGAAUCACACCAUUGUGUUGCGAGAGAUGAGCAGAAACAUAACUUUAAUACUCUCUAGGAAUCCUUUAUUACACAUAGAACCAGGAGCUUUCAAAGAAAUGUAUCUGAGGGAGUUGGACAUACGAUCUUCCUUUGUUUCAGUUGCUGUUCAAAAAGUUGGUCUAGAGGCUCUCUGUGGUCUUUAUGUCAAAAGACUAAUAUUUGGAAAGUUCUGGGAUGAUUACAGGAUUUACUUACCAGACACUGACUUUCUAGAUGGCCUUUGCUCUAUUUAUUUCCAGGAGGUAUAUUAUUUCAUGAAAGACACGCCUAACCAGCAAGUUAAUAUCUUUCGCUGUAUGAUUAACGCCACAAAUGUAUCGGUAACGGGUGUUCUUAUUCCUAAUGGGGCUGUCAUGCCAUUUCAUGAAAUUAAGGAGCUUAACUUGAUUUCCAGUCGUUUAGAUAUUUUGCCAGGUAAACAAAUUUCACAUCUCCAUACUUUGGAAAAACUAGUAAUAACGCACAACAUUAAAGUACUUGGUGCUGAAAGCUUAGUAGACAUCCCUAAGCUUCAAUACAUAGAUUUGAGUUCUAAUCAAAUGACAUGGUAUUUCGGAUGCUGCCCAAAUCUUUUGAAUGGCACCCCUCAAAUCAGGUACUUGAAUUUGAGUCUAAAUUCGCACGUUAGUCUUUCUGAAAGAGGCUUUGAAGGACUUGAUUCCCUUGAGAUUCUGGAUUUCCAUCAUACAAGGGUUGCAGGUAUGGGAUAUCAUUCGUAUUUAUCUAACUUAAAGUAUUUGAGGUAUCUGGAUGUCUCCUAUUCAAGUAUCACAUUUUGUAACAUAUAUUGCUUUUAUGGGCUGAGCAGUCUUAAUGUUCUUAAGAUAGCUGGCAAUAAUUUUCAGAGUGAUGUGUCAAGAUAUAUAUUUAAUAAUCUCACAAGUUUAGAGCACCUUGACAUGUCAUUCUGUCGUAUUGUAGAAUUACACCCCAGCUCUUUCAAAGAUCUUCAAAGGCUUCAACUUUUGAAUCUCAGUGGAAACAAGUUAAUGAUUCUAGAUUUUCUGGCCUACUCAAACCUGAAUAAAUUAACAUCAGUUUAUGUAGCUAAAAACAGCAUUACUAGCAUCCCACUUAAUGUUCUUCAAAAGUUGCCCACUAACCUUUCAGUGUUUGAUUUGUCCUCUAACCCUAUUGAUUGCUCCUGCUCCCAAACAGAUUUAAUUUUGUGGAUUAUUGAAAACCAGAAAGUUCUGAAAGAACCAAAUGAUAUUAUUUGUACAAUGUUGUCACCAAACUCAGAUUUUAGAGCAAUUGACUUUGACAUUGACAGCUGUGUGCACAACAAAAGGAUUACAAUUAUUUUAUUGUUAUGUUUUCUUACAGUAAUAGUUAUUUUAUCAAUCAUUGUUUAUAGGUUCCAGUUUUAUCUUAAGUAUUGUUGUAUACUUCUCAGAGGUUAUAGGUCUGCCAGACAACAAGAAUGUUCCUAUGAUGCAUUUGUGAUUUUCUCAAGUUAUGAUGAAGUCUGGGUCAUGAAUGAAUUAGUGGAAAAUCUGCAGAACGGGUUUCCACCUAUUCAGCUUUGCCUUCACAUGCGUGACUUUCAAGCAGGGAAGUCCAUUGCCUCCAACAUUAUUGAUGAAGGAAUAAUGGGUAGCCAUAAGUUCAUUGUGGUUGUGUCUCAACACUUCAUUGAUAGUGCCUGGUGUCGCUUUGAGUUUGAAUUGGCUCAGUCCUGGUUUGUGAUGGAACGUAAUGCCAACAUCAUCAUCAUCAUUCUGGAAGAUGUGGAAGAGAAGAAGUUGAAGAAAGUGAUUGAUCUUCAUAAGCAUCUGAAAAAGAACACAUACCUGAAGUGGAGCAGGGAGACUUUGAGUAGCAUGAGAUUCUGGAUUCGGCUGCGAAAAGCUGUUAUUGCCGGAAAACAAAAAUAUUGCAUUUAAACUUUUAGAAUUGCACAAACUUGUUCCUCAAGAAUUUGAAGAGGAACUAUUGCAUUUUAUGUUGUAUUCAACCAUUAUUCAUUGGGCAAACCCACUAUAAUACUAUUGUUUAAUUUGAUUUAGCAAACAAAGGACUUUCAGAUCUUUUUGGGAACGCACCUCUAAAAUGUUUAACUUCUCUUUAGAAAACAAAAGGGAGAAGUGAGAGUUGCAUGCACACAUAUAAAAAACUCCACAGCCACUGAUAAAUACAUUUAAGUCAUAUUCUAAAUAUAGUUUAAAAAAAAGUUACAGUAGCUGGAUGAUGAUACUGUAGCCAAACUUUCAUCAUCCUGACAAAUAGUUUGUUCUUUGUCACUUCAUUGCAUGGUAGGAGUUUUCCAUAUAUCACACAGAAUAUGUUUUUUAAAUGAUUGUGUCACAAAAUGAAAGCAUGUUUUUCCUUGGAUCAGUCUUAAUUCUCUUGAAUGCUGAUCAAGGAAAGGAAUGUACCACAGUAAGGAUAGCAAUAUAUAGUUAUAGUGUGUUUUAAAGCAAGCAUCUCUGAGAAUAUGUAGUAUUUUGUAACUUAUUAAUGUAAUUGUAUAUUAAUGUAAUUCUCAUUUUCUGUUAAGAUUGAUUUAACUAUUUUGAUGUUUUGGGUCAGGGUUAGGGUUAGACAACAAUACUGUACAUGUAAAAAUUAUAAUUGUCAUUUCUAAAUUAACUUAUUUUUUCCCUUCAAAUUAUUUUAUAGUAUGUUCUUCUGACCAAAUCAAAACCCUGUAGACUGAGAGUAUUGAACCUUUAACACACUAUCACAAAGAAGACAUGCACUUUUUUAGAGUGUUAUCUAAUUAAGUUACAUUGUUUCUAUUUAGGGUUGAUUUGACCCCAGAAAAAGGACUG